AUGGCUGCUACACGAGAAAAUCCAGAAUCAGAAGCAAUAGAGAAACCAGCAAGUUCAGUUGUACCAUCAGCAUCAACCACAGCAACAGCUGCUAUCGAAACACCAAUCGUAAUAUCAACAAUUUCAAGCGCAUUUGCCCUUUGUAAAGAUCAUUCAGCUUCUCCGUCAAAAAAUAAUGGUAAACGUAAAAAUGGUAAAAUAAAGGACUUGGACAGUGGUGGUGGUGGUGGCGGUGGAGUGGGCAGUAGUGGUGGUGAGAGCAGCAAUGAUAGAGUAGAGUUUGAAAGAGUCAAAGCCAAUUUACUGGAUUCUAGUGACGUUUGUCCGACAAAUGAAUCUGGAAAUAAUGUAAACAGAAGUGCCAGAAUUAGGAAUAACAAUAAUAGUAAUAAUUUCAACUAUAAUGCCAAUGUAGUCAGUAAUAAUAACAAUAAUUCAAUUAGUACCAAUAAUAAUCUAAAUAAUAGUAAUAACCUAAAUAAUAAUAAUAGCAGUAAUAACAAGGGUAAUGUUUGGGUUAGUGGGACAAAUAAAGAGUUAACUAUUACAUCUACUUACCAUCCAAAUGAAGAUUUUAGGAGGAAACAUCGAGAAGAUGAUUGCUUCUAUGAGAUAAACGCCGAUCCUUCCACUUAUUUUAAUACUAGUGGACCUUGUCCUGGUACCCCGUCCUCUUAUCAACCUGAUCAUGGGGUCAGCUUUGUGCCAAUUAAUGAAACCAUCAACAGGAUAGAUCCAAGUGUAUUACAAUGUAUGCAUCGAGGUACAACGGUAAUCCAUUAUGAAGAGGAAACUGGUAAAUCUUGUUGUGUUUACCUUCAAUUGGAAAAAUCAAAUGGACUUUUGGCUUGGUGUAAACCUCCUUGGCCUGCUAACAAUGUACCAUUGGGUAAACCGACAUCAUAUACAACGUCUGGAUCAUCAUCUUCAUCCUCACCAUCAUCAACUGUAUUUUCAUCAAAUCAAAUUACAUCUUCAUCUUCAUUGUUAACAUCCACUUAUCAUCAAUCCAAUGCUUCAAGUGAUACCAAUCCUUCCUGUGAUAUACACAAAAUGGUUGUGCCCAGUAUUUUUGUUAAAUUUGAAUCCAAAGAACCUGCUUACAAUGGCCUGGAGGAAGGUUAUAUUGACCUUUUGUUCGUUAAAAAAUUAUUCACUGGACAAUCUGCAAUUGAUCAAUCCUCCGUUUGCCGUCGAUUUGGCCUUAAACCAUCCCUUUUAGAUGGCAAUUGUUUUUUCAGUUUACUUUAUGGAGCCAAUCUUUCGGACAAUCGUUUUUUACAAUUUAUUAUGCCCAAAAUGGUUGCCUCCCUUUGGUCCGAAGGUUUACGCCAGCUAAUUGGUCAACUUGAAAUUCAACGAACUUUAGCAGAUCAAAGGGUAACCUGGUUAAAGGGUAAAUACCUGCAAUUGUUUUACUCCAAUGGCGCCUGUGUUGGUCCCACUCCAGCAGAAGCCAUCAAAGCUUUUGGAGGUCGCAAAUGGGCUUUGGAAACAGUUGGUGGUUCUUCCGUCGGUGGAUCAACCAGUGAAUCAGGUCAAAGUAAACGAUCUUCCGCUUUUGGUAUUGCAUCGUCCAAACUUCGUAAGAAGAAGAAUGGUUCAUCUCCAAGCUUGACUUCAAUGGUUCGUAAUGCCAGUUUAAGAUCUCAAUCUUCUGUUACCUCAGAUGGUUCCGGUAGCUUUAUGAGUGGUACUAGUGGUUCACCAGGAAGUGGAAAAUUCAAGGGUACAUCUUCGGAAGGUAAAAAUCCAUUUAUGCGAACCGGUAAACUGGUUAAAGUACUUACUCGAAGCAAAUCAAAAUUGGAUGAUGUUAUCCCUAUCAAAUCUCGUAGCUCCAUCUAUGAGAGCAGCAAUCAACCAUCUUCAACCCUGUCGACACCAAUUAAAAGAGCAAUUACAUUGUCUUCAAAGAAAGGUUCAGCUUCACCUAAAACCGAUGGUAACAAGCCACGAGCAAGUCGACCUGGAUCCGUUAGUCCGACCAGAAGCAUUAAAUCGUCAUCAUCCAAUGAAAAUUUAAAAGAAACACCUGAUUCACAGUUGAUUGGGGAAUCACCAACUGGAACUCUUUCAUCAACCACAGUCUCAUAUCACAGAAGAUUAAAAAAACUUUUAACUCGAGAAAAGUCAAUUUUGGAUGGAUCGCCGCAAUCGCUUUGCUAUGAGAAUGGAUCACUUCGGACUAAUGAUAUCGACGAUGAUGUACCUACCUCUUCAUCUGCAGCAACCUCCGCAACCGUUACACUUACUUCAUCCAACUCUGUUACAACUGCUGAUGCCAAUUUAACCUCUUCAUCAGGUGUUCCUAUAACUUCUUCUUCGCCUCCGUCUUCAUCAUCUUCAACUUCAACCAUUAAAUGUAAACCUUCCAUAACUCAUUCCUCGAAAAUGAAUUUUAUUGAAUUUAUGCAAUUAUACAGAGCAUUCUUGAUUCGAUCAAGAAAGGAUAUUAAAGACAUUUUUGAAGAUUUGGCCUCUAAAACGGACAUUCACUCGGCUGUUGAGGAAACAGAAGAUCCAAUCAACUUGGAAAGGCAAACUGAUGGUUACAGUAAACGAAUCAUUGGAUUGUUAACCCGUAAUUUUACCCCUUUUGACAAUGAAUUGGACGAUGUUCAACGGAGCAAAAUUUAUGACGCCAUUGCUUCAGCUUCCAUUGUCGCUAAUUGUGCUGGUGUGGAUACAAUGAGAACACUUUUAAUGACCAUUGAAGAUUUUCAAAGUUUUUUACGAACAUAUCAGAAUGAGAAUCGACCCUUUGACGAGGUUAAACGUCUCAUUGCUCGACACGAACCAGAUUCAAGUUUACGGGCCAAAAAUUGUCUUUCGUUUGAAGGUUUUGCUUGUUACCUGAUGGAUAAAAUUAAUUAUGCUUUUACACCCGAGCUGUCAACUUAUGAUCCAGAUGAUAUGGAUGAACCUCUUUCUCAUUAUUACAUUGCUACCUCUCAUAAUACCUACUUGACUGGUCAUCAGUUGAAAGGCGAAUCGUCAGUUGAUCUUUACUCACAAGUUUUACUAACUGGUUGUCGAUGCGUUGAACUUGACUGUUAUGAUGGUGAAAAUGGAUCUCCAGUGAUUUAUCAUGGGCAUACAUUGACAUCUAAAAUUCCAUUCCGAAAAGUUGUUGAAGCUAUAAAUGAAUCUGCCUUUGUAACCUCAUCAUUUCCUGUGAUACUUUCCUUGGAAAAUCAUUGCUCCUUGCCUCAACAGGUAAUCAUGGCAGCCACUUUUGUUGAAGUUUUUGGUGACAAAUUGAUUACCCGUUUUCUCUUUGAAUCCGAUUUUUCCGAUGAACCUCAUCUUCCCUCACCUAAUCAACUUCGAGGUCGUAUUUUGAUAAAAAACAAGAAACUCAAAAGUGCUACAAGUUCAAUACCUCCAUCAGUUGCCCCAUCAAGUGUGAAAACUAAACCAUUUUCAAGAUCCAAGUUCAUGUUUCGCACAAAUAGCCUUAUUUCAACAGCAUCAACUGGAUCUCUGAAUGAAGAUGAAGAUGAUUACGAUGAUGAAGAUGAUGAUGAUGAUGCCAGUGCAAGUGGAGGAGGAGGAAAUUCGGCUCCAACAAAUGGUCCAGCUGGUGGUAAUGUUACCAAUGUGGGAUUAGAAUCAGUCACUGGGUCAACUUAUGUUCCCUCUCCAAAAGGAGUUGCUCUAAGAACGGAAUCGUCUUCUUCUCAGGAAGGUGGAGGCUCAUCAAAUGAAGCUAAAUUUUCCAAUCGAUCUAUUUUAGCCAAUCGAUAUUCGGAACAGAGUGAAAAUCUUGACAACUUGAGUACCUCAGCACCAACUUGCAAUAUUUCUGGUCAACCGGAGGUUACCUCAUUGAAUACAUCUUCAAUGGUUGUCAAUAAAGUUUCCUCUUGUUCUUCAACCUCUGGCCAUAAAGCUGUUCGUAAAUCUGACAGUCAGGUUGCUCCUGAACUAUCUGAUCUAGUCAUCUACUGUCAGGCCAUCAAAUUUCGCGGAUUUUCAACUGAUACGGGUAAUUCUAGUCCAACCUCUACAUUGAAAGAGGCUUCGAGUAAAAAAGGGACCAGCAAAAAGACAAAUAUAUUAUCUACUGGAAUUUCUUCUGGCUUCUCAGGAUCGCCAUCAGCAUCUCAUAUUGCCUCACCCUCUUUAACAGCAACUAGCUCGACAGGUCCAGAAUCCUUAUCAACUUACACAAUCAAUCUUCCUCUAUCAACAACCUCGCCAUCUCUAUCAGCCACUUCACCCGUUAAUCAGGCAACAACAAGUACAAGUAAUAAUGCUUUGACAGCCGCUUCAUACGGACCGCCACCUUCAUCUGGAUUAGGAACAUCAACAACCGCUUCUGCCAACUGUUCAACGACAAUUGCCUCAACAUGUACAUCUUCAAACUCUGGUUAUAAUGCACAUAGACAGCCUUAUUCACCCAAAGCAUGUUAUCAGGUUGCCUCGCUGAAUGAACACACAGCCAAAAAAUUGUGCAGAAAGCAUCCAUUAACUUUAAUUCAUCACACUGAAUACCAAUUAAUGCGUAGCUAUCCAGCUGGAAUGAGAAUUGAUUCAUCAAAUUUCAAUCCCGUUAUAUUUUGGGCUUUUGGUAUUCAAAUGGUUGCUCUCAACUAUCAAACUGAAGAUACUGCACUUGCAAUUUAUAAGGCAAUGUUUGAACAAAAUGGUCGAACUGGUUAUGUUUUAAAGCCGUCUGUCAUGAGGGAUCGAAAUCAUAUGGCCUUUGAUCGGUUUAAUCCUUGGGAGAAAGAGUUUGAUGGUCUUUAUGCUAUUGAUUUAACGAUUCAGAUAAUAUCUGGUCAAUAUGUUUGUCCCGAUGUUAAUAACGGAAGUCCACAAGUUGAAGUUGAAAUUAUUGGAUUACCAGUUGAUUGUGCCAAACAACGAACCAAACUGGUUCAAAGAAACUCAUUGAAUCCUAUUUGGAACAAUACAUUUGUAUUUAGAAUUGUAUUUACUGAUCUCGCGUUUAUCCGCUUUGCUGUGAUUGAUUUGGGAACUAAUCAUCUUGCAUCUCAUCGAGUUGUUCCUGUUAAAUCUUUAAAACCUGGUUACCGUCAUUUACGACUUCAAAGUCCACAAAAUCAACCCCUUCCACUGUCCACAUUAUUCAUUAACUCAUCAUCUCAAGAAGAGGGCGUUGAAAUUGGCUCGACUACAUCUGCAUUUAAUUUAGGUGAUUUUGAUCCUUCCCGAAGUACUCCUUGUAAAACAUCCUCUUAUACCACAAAUUUGACCAAAACCACAUCCAUUGGUUGUAAUGAAGGUUUUGAUCGAGUCGAUGGAAAUGCACCAUGUGAAACUCCAAGCUUAGGUUUAACCUCAAUGCCUGUUCGCCGCCGCAUGUUUUUCCUUGUUGUUCAUGGAGUCAUGCCUGAAGAACCAUCAACCAUUCUUAAAAUAACACAGGAAUCAACAACUAGUGAAGUUAUUGCCCAAGCCCUGACCAAAGCCAACAAAUCCAAUGAAGCGGUAUCUGAUUAUGUUCUUAUCGAAGAAGUAGCUAAAGGUUGGGACAAGAAAGGACCUUUCCUUGAUCGUUCGUCUACCACCAAUCAACGUAUAUUGGACCCAUCAGAACGUCCCUUGGAAGCUCAAUCUCAUUGGAAUGGUCGUGGAAGGUUUGUGAUAAAAAAGAUUGCCAACGAUCCCAGUUCAAGAGCCUGGUUUAACACCAUUAAAGCUCAAAUGGAGCGUCUGCGUCGUCAAGAUUCGGAAGAGCUGAGUGGAUCCUGGGGUGAAGAGAUUGAUUACUUUCUCGUUUGUGUUUACAAUGUUUCAGAAGAUCAACCUUAUGCUAUUCUUAAGGCGCCAAUCACUGGUACAGCUCAGGAUAUAAUUGGUCAAGCUUUGAUCAAAGCGAGGCGCAAAGAGAAUCCUCGUAAUUUCCUUCUAGUCGAAGAGAUUGAGGUUGAAGGCGAAGUAAACUUGACCAGCGGUAGUGGUAAAAGUAAAGCAAAAGAGUCACCCAUAACUGUUUUCCGUCGAGUCUUACAUGACACUGAAAAUGUUUACCGUGCUCAAGCCGCUUGGAAGGGUAAAGGGUUGUUUCGUUUAGCCAAAGCAGACGACGUUAGCUUGAUUGCUUCCUCGUCUUCCAAAGCUGAUGCCAAAUCAAGUCCAGAUUUAAGUACUAAAUCAUCCAAAACUUUUAACCGUUUAAAACGAGCAGCAACUGGAUCAUUAAGAAAACUUAAUCGCCUCUCUCGAGUUUCUCGUGAAUCUUCAAUCCCUGAACCUGAAAGUGGUGGAGAAAUCACUGGCAGUGCUGGAGUCUUGGUCUCAUGUGAAAACAAUGAAAACAUUGUCGAGUUAACUGGACCUCGCGAGGGGUCACAUGAAUCUCACCAUUCCAAUUAUUUGUGUCGCACAGAUUCUGUCAUUAUGCCUAACAUCAACCCAACAUCGGUUCAUCUUACUGAACCUCGAACGUUAAAUUCAAUGGUAAAUGAAAGUCCAUGUAAAACUGAUGAUAAAAAGCGAGCUUCGCUAUCAGUUGAAACAAAAUCAUUCAGAAACCGUCAUGGAUCUGAACCAGCUACCGAAGGUUUCAAUUUUACCAGUUUAGGAGAAAAUGAUAAUCAUUUCAGUGGCCUAUCAUUUAAUCGUUUAUCUCGUUUAUCCUGGAAAUGGUUAAAAACCUGGAGAGCAUCAAAAGAGUGAUAAUCACUUGCCUGAUUGUAAUUGAAAUUGAUAUAAAAAACAAAACAAAGAAACAAAUUACAGCAUUUUAUAUAACAAUGAUAACAUUUUUAUUGAAUCACCAUUGAAAUUAAGAGUCACUUUUCACAUCUAACCUCUCAAUACUAUUCAAAAAUCUCUCUUUUUAUAAUGAUCUCAUUAUUAUUGUAACUCAUCUUAUUACUGCUCUUAUUAUUACUAUUGAUUCAUUUAUAAUGUCACCAAAACUACAGCCAGCUAAUUUUAAUUUAAUCACAUUCAUUUACUGUUAUAAUAAUACAUAAAUAUAUAUAAUUGUAAAACACAAUCUAAAAAACUGCUGAUUGUAAGCUUCUGGUUAUACAAGCAUUUUUACAUGCUAAAUGUAUGUACUAUUGCCGAUCAUGAUAGUUGAUCAAAUUUGACCUGUUAUGAAGAGACAAGUUAGCUUUUAAAAUCACUUCGUUGUCAGAUAAUCUUAUACUUCUAUUUCAUAAUGUUUAUUUCUGUAAAAUCAAUUAAAUAAUUUAAAUUCAACAAUUUGAACUGUUUUAUUUAAUCAUUUAAAGUUAUCAAAUGCAAAAGAUUGGUUCUUCCGAUUUCGCCAAUAAAGUCAUGAGAAUCAUGAACUAUAAUUUACUCGAAAAUUAUGCUACACUCAAACCUCUCAUAAUGAGACCCUCCGAUAAUGAGACAAUUUCUGAUCAGAGUCAUCUAUGGACUUUAUAAUCAAGUAGCGCUAUGAUUUUUUAUAUCAUCUAUGCCGUUUCUAAUGCAAUAAUAUUGUUUAUAAUUAGUUAAACAUGUUUUUUGAUGAUGAUUGAAUCAUUAUUGGUUAAAUAAAAAUGAAACCGGAUUAAAUAUGUA